CUAACUCAGUUUCCCCUCCAGCUCUUGAGACACCUUUCUUCCUCUCUCCCCUUCACUUGGCCAUCAAUGUCCAUUCAUUGUACCAACACAAAAAGAAAUACAAAACAACAAAUCUGUCUCUAUGUGCUACUUUUGAUUACUCAUUGCCAUAGCUCCUUGUCUUAUUCUCAUGACUGUCUUGGGAUUUCAAUUCUCAUGCCUUCCUCAAUCAAUUUUUACACUACUUGUUAAAUUGUAAGCUUUUUCCUCUUCAUCUCACAAUUCUUUGCUGCAACUUCCCACUUAAAACCUUCCAGGCUCCAGCUAGGAAAGAGGAAAGAAAGAGGUGUUAGCAAUGGCUGCCACUUCCAGCCUGCACAUAGCAAUGUACCCUUGGUUUGCUUUUGGCCACUUGAUUCCAUUUCUCCAAAUUGCCAACAAGUUAGCCAAGAAAGGCCACAGAAUCACCUUCUUCGUUCCAACAAAAACUCAACCCAAAUUGCAGCCUUUCAAUCACUUUCCACAUCUCAUUACCUUUGUCCCCAUCAUUGUUCCUCAUGUUGAUGGUCUCCCUGAAGGUACUGAAACUACUGCUGAUGUUUCUACUCUUCAACAGUUCAAUCUCAUCAUGACUGCAAUGGAUCUCACCCAACCACAAAUCAAAUGCAUUCUCCAACACAUAAAACCCCAUGUCAUCUUCUUUGAUUUCACCUUCUUUAUGCCAAAAUUGGCAUCUCAAUUGGGCAUUAAGUCUAUUUAUUAUAGUGUGAUUAGUGCAACAACAUUUGCUUAUAUUUUCGCCCCAUCAAGGCAACUCUGUGGACAUGAUUUCACUGAAGAUGAUUUUAUGCAGCCACCUCUUGGCUUCCCAAGUUCCACAGUCAAGCUUCAUACUCAUGAAGCCAAAAAUAUUGCAUGCAUGGCUAAUAUGAUAUUUGGCAGUGAUAUCCGUUUCUUUCAUCGCCAUUUCACCGGUCUUUGCGAGUCUGAUGCUAUAGCAUUCAAGUCAUGUAGGGAGAUUGAAGGGCCUUUUGUAGAUUAUUUCAUAAGUGAAUUCAAAAAGCCUGUUUUACUUUCAGGACCUGAUGGGAGCAUACAAGAACCAACGACAACUUUAGAACACAGAUGGGCUGAAUGGUUAUCAAGGUUCAAUGCUGGUUCAGUCAUAUACUGUGCAUUUGGAAGUGAAUGUACCUUAACAAAAGACCAAUUCCAAGAAUUAGUAUUGGGAUUUGAGCUUACAAAUUUACCAUUUUUCGCUGCACUCAAACCGCCGCUCGGGGUUGACACAGUGGCCGCUGGCUUGCCUGAAGGAUUUGAAGAGAGAAUUGAGGGGAGAGGGGUGGUGCAUGGAGGAUGGGUUCAACAACAGCACAUUUUGGAGCAUCCAUCAAUUGGAUGCUUUGUUACACAUUGUGGGGCAGGGUCUUUAUCUGAGGCAUUGGUGAAGAAGUGUCAGUUAGUAUUGUUGCCUCAUGUUAGUGACCAUUUUUUUAGAGCAAGAACAGUGAGUAGUUGUUUGAAGGUUGGUGUAGAGGUGGAGAAGAGGGAAGAAGAUGGAUUCUUUAACAAAGAAAGUGUGUGUAAGGCAGUGAAGACAGUGAUGGAUGAAGAGAAUGAAAGUGGGAAAGAGAUCAGAGCAAACCGUGCAAAGUUAAGAGAGUUAUUGCUUGAUAGAGAUUUGGAGGAGUCCUAUAUCGGCAAUUUCAUCAACUAUCUCCAAGCUUUAGUUGGAUGAGAAACAAGGAAACAGGCUGUUUUGUGUGCGUUUGGUUGUUGAUCAAAACCGAGUUAGAUUGUAUAUUAAUAAAAAUGAGAUCGAACCUCCGAUCUUCGAGACAAUGACUAGUGCUUUACCUACUGAACUACAUUCAAAUUGACAUAUUGUAUGUUAUUAGUAUUUACUCAUCUAUGUGCCACAACAUACAUGGAAGGAGGUUGAAGAGUUUUAGAAAGCA